AUGAAUCGCAAUGAGACAAGUCCUCCUUCCAUUUCAGCUUCCUAUCUGAUGGAUAUUCCACAGUCGAAGACAGACGACUGUCUCCUAGACCUCACCAACUCCUCUGAUGACCUUGCAACUCCUCCAAAACCACCCUACCCUCGGCGCUUCACUAAAAACGGCCUCGCCCAACAUCAGCAACAGCAGCGGCAGCAUCAGUAUCAACAGCAGCAACACUUAAGAAAACAAUCGCAACAGCAUCCAGGCGAUCCACCAACUUCCAGCUCCCUUCAGAGUCUUCAGCCUCGUCCCCCUUUUAGGGACUUUACAAAUUGCAACAGUCAAAGCAUAGCGUCGCAUAAAACCUCUGGGACCUCUAGACGACCUUCAGGCAUCAGCUUUUUUGGCUAUAAGUACAGUAGAGCAGUGAUUCAGGAUCCCUCGACUGGAUGCUGUCUGCGAACUUUUUGUCGCGGUUGGAUAGGCAUUCUCCAGCUCCUAAUCGCGAUCCGAGCAAUUUUGGCGCGAUUUGUGUUCCUAGCUUUGACCUUGACACUUGUUGUGACGGUGGUAAGCGCCAAAGGCGAAAAUGUCUACUGGUUGUUGUGCCUCCUUAUGCUUCCGUUGCUGGUAGAUCUGUGCUAUUCAAUUGGACUCGUAGUAUCUCCCCGGCGGGUUCAGGAUAAAACUGAGAAGUGGUUUACCAAAUGCCUUCUAGCCUACCUUUUUUGUGCAUGUCCACCGAUCUGGAUCAUUGAGCUGCAUCAACUACAGCAACUGAACGAGGCAACAGACGCGGUAAUCAACAAUCAGGGCUUCAUAAAACCCGGUGGGCUGAUGUCCGUGCGAAAUCCCUGGCUGCAGGCGGGGCUGGUCUACAAUGAACCCGGUGAAAACCUUGUAAUAAUGGGUGAUACUGUAGAGAAUUAUCUGAAUGCAGCUGCAAUGCGCAAGAACCUCACAUUAGAUACCUCCAUCACUCAUGCGACUUUUCGUGUCAAACGGUCUUCCUCUGAAGAAGGCGCAAUUCGUUUUCCCACGCAAGAAGAAAGCUUGAUUCAGGCAGUGACCUUGCAACAUUACCCCUUAAAAAUGCGGGUCCGUAUAAUGGAACAACUUCUACUUCUCUCGGUCAUUGUUGGACGGUGGCUGCUCCCCCGCUUCGGGAUAAGUCGCGAUCAACUGUCUCAAUUGCUUCUCAUCAACAUUGGCAAUGCAGCGGAUAUACUGGAGCUCUUUGAGGCCUUCAACGAAGAGGCCGUAAGAACAAAUACCUCCCUUAAUAUCUGUAUCCUCUGCUUAUGGCAGGCCUCCCUCCUUCAAUUUUGUUUUAAUAAAACGGCCACUUUGGAGUACAAUCGUGUAUCCGGCUGUGAACAACUUUGGUUCGGUACCGAAUUGUGGGCUCUCUUUAUGUCUCUCAUUCUGCAAGAUGUACCUUUUCUGGCAUUACGACUCACCUUGGUGUUGCACUUCAAUGUGCGCAGUUACUCAAACAUCUUCUUCACCUGUAAAAACUCCCUCCUCAUUCUGCUUCAGGUAUUUCGCUCGGUGGUAAUAUCAAGAUUCAUUGGGAUUACUGCGACAGUGGGGAUUGACAGCGUUGACCCAAAGGUGAUAUCCAUGACCAUUUUAGAGCUCCUCGCACUUACACGAACCCAGUCAUCUGUCAACAUCUCUCUCUCUCAGUGUUUCCAGGAGAGGCAACUGAUAGAGUAUGUCGUGUCGAUGACAUACGUCAGGUUCAUCAUGGACCUGGAUAGUGGUCAAUACCGCGGUGGCGCCACUUUCUUUUGA